UGAACCACGUGUUGCGGAAGUGUAGCGCUAGCUCCGAGUCAGAAGAAGCUUUCUUUGGCUGCGUUUACAUCAUUCAGCAUUUCAUAACCGUUUAAAAAUAUUGUACCAUGUCGAGUUCACUGUUAAAAAGGGGACUCGAACUGUUUAAUGAAGAUCCUAAAGGUGCAGCCAAGGUUCAUCAGAAGAAGAAGAAGAAGAGCACCAAGAAAGCAUCAGUGAUGGAUCAGAUUAGCACCAAUAAGCAGGGUGUUAGGAAGCGGCUCCGCCGAGUGCAGGGCCGCAAAAGCAGAAAAAACAAAGUCAUGGUCAAAGACAAGCGGAUCAGAAAUGCUUUAGAGCUUUAUAGAAAGAAGCAGAAGAAAAGUCAGCUUGAUGCCAACCUGCGGUAUUUCCUGAAAAACAGCUAUAAAAUGGAGGAAAGCUGCACAAAGAAGAUCGCAGAGCAGAGCGUAGGCCGUCAGUCCCGGCACAAACCAGAAAAGCCCGUCAAGAAACGAGAAAAACGACCCAUUUUCACCGAGGCGGAGUUCCAAAAAUUCCAGGAGGAAUACUUUUCUAAACUUUGAUCUCAUUAUGGACUACUAUGGACACUUGUGCGAUGAUGGUGGAAAAGGAGUCCUGCAUUCCUGGAAAACUUCUGGAGAAGUCAAAUGGACAGAUGUGCAGAAAUUCAGUUUCCAUUUUUGUGAAACGUUCGUGGUUUUCAGUUUGGGUUUUGCAAAUAAAUAUUUAAUGGUUUGCCGAAA